AUGGAAAAAUCAAAUCAACCACCACAAGGGCAACUUCCAGGUUACCCACCUCCUCCCCAACAACAAGGAUAUCCACCACCACCGCCACCACAACAACAAGGUUAUCCACCACCACCACAAGCUCCCAAUUAUGGUGGAUACGAUAAUCCCAACUAUGGUCAACCACCACCACCACAACAACAACAACCACCGAACGAUGGCUAUUAUGGAGGAGAAUCACAAGAAAAAGCGAUACGACCUUCUAGCGGAUGGAAGGAUAUUUGGGCAGCCAUCUUGUGGGUGCUCAACUUUGGUGCAUUCAUUGGUGUUUCCGUUUUGGCCUUGCGCACGUAUCAUGGCAACCAGGGUCACACUGCAGGCGGCAUUCCAUCGUCUACCCAGUACUCUGGUGUCGUUUUCGACACGGAUGCCAUGAGGAUUUUUGGCUAUAGUGCCAUUGUUGGAUUUGGAUUGAGCUUUUUGUAUUUGAUGCUGAUCAACGCGAUACCGCGUUUAAUGAUCCUUAUCACCUUUAUUGGGAGCAUCAUUGUUUACUUUGGUGUUACCAUCUACUACUUUACUCAACACUACUACUCGGCAGCUAUUGUCUUUUUGAUCUUUUCGGUGCUCUAUCUUUUUGCAUUUUGGUGGUGGCGAAGUAGAAUACCAUUUGCAACAGUGAUGUUGGAAACGAUAUGCAAUAUCACACGAAGUCAUCCAAGCACCAUUGUGUUUGGAGUGAUUGCACUCAUUGUGCAAACGGCAUUUAGCAUUUGGUUCUCUCUUGUGGUGAUCGGUGCGUAUCAAACAUGGUUCAGCACAACAAGCAACAAUGCCAGCCUUAAUCUUGCCAUGGUAUUUUUGGUAUUUUCGUUCUAUUGGACAUCCCAGGUGAUUUCGUAUGUCACCCAUGUCACUUUGGCAGGCGUGUAUGCCACGGUCUACUUUUUGAACGACACUGUACGACAUCCAAUUCUUGGAAGUUUACGACGUGCGCUCACCACAAGCUUUGGAUCCAUUUGCUUUGGUAGUCUCUUGAUUGCCCUUGUCAACUUUAUCCGUUACUUUCUCAACCUCGCUCGUAUGAACAGCGACAAUGGCAUCUUGAGCUGCUUCCUCUUUAUUAUCCAAUGCAUUGUUGGCUGCUUCCAAGGGUUAUUUGAAUGGUUCACCUAUUACGCAUUUAGUGGGGUUGCCAUUUUCGGACAAGCUUUUAUUCCAUCAGCUCGACGCACAUGGAACUUGGUCAAGGAUCGUGGUAUUGAUGCUAUGAUCAAUGAUUCAUUGAUCGGCAACGUCUUGUUUAUGGGCGGCUUGCUGGUUGGUGUGCUAUGCUCACUUUUGGGUUUCAUUUAUCUCGAAGUCUCCAGGCCUGCAUACAACCAAACAGGCGGAAUGACACCCGUUGUUGUUCUCGUGUGUUUCCUUAUCGGUGCAUCCAUGUUUUCUAGCAUUGCCACAGUAAUCUCCAGUGGUGUUGCAACUACGUUUGUUUGCUUGGCAGAAGAUCCUGAUGCUCUUCGAAGAACACGUCCACAACUCUUUGAAAAGAUCCGAGAAACCUAUCCUCGCGUUGUCCAAGGCGUUUAA